UGAGGUGUCAGUAGGUGGAAAAGUCCAGAAAAUUAAGAUCCAUUCUGUGAGUAUUUCAUGAAAUUAAUCCUAAUCAGUGCGGCUACAUGAGUUAUAUUUCUGCACUGAAGGGAGAUGAAAUGGUUAAUAGAGGAGUGUUCAUGACCUCUCUGUGUUUGUGCUCCUCCUCUCUCUCUCUCUUUCACACACAGAACCAGGAAGUAACUUGUCAUUUCAGAGAAAACAAAACUGAUCUCUCUCUCUCUCUCUCUCUCUCUCUCGUUGCGAUUUCAGGAAAAUGGCCGAGGCCAAUAUUUCAGUAGCUCAGGACCAGUUCAUGUGUCCAGUGUGUCUGGAUCUCCUGAAGGAUCCGGUGACUAUCCCCUGUGGUCAAAGUUUCUGUAAGGCGUGUAUUAAUGGCUGCUGGGAUCAGGAGGAUCAGAAGGGCGUCUACAGCUGUCCUCAGUGCAGAGACACUUUCACGACAAGGCCUGUUCUACGCAGAAACAACAUGCUGGCUGAGGUGGUGGAGAAACUGAAGAAGACUGAAGUCCAAGCUGCUUCUCCUGCUCACUGUUACACUGGACCUGGAGAUGUGGAGUGUGAUUUCUGCACUGGGAGAAAACAUAAAGCCGUCAAGUCCUGUCCGAUUUGUUUGACUUCAUUUUGUGAAAUUCAUCUGAAACCUCAUCUUGAAGUUCCUGCUUUGAAAAAACACACAUUAAUUGAAGCCUCAGCAAAACUCCAAGAGAAGAUCUGCUCUGAACAUGACAAGCUGAUUGAGAUCUACUGUCGUACUGAUCAAACCAGCAUUUGUUAUUUGUGUACGAUGGAUCAUCACAAAGGUCACGACACCAUCACAGCCGCAGCAGAAAGAGCUGAGAAACAGACUGCGUAG